GCGCUCAACAACAACUUGGAGAGCCCCAACUGGCAGUCCUGCCACCCGACCCUGCGCGAGAGGAACGCGCUCAUGUUCAACAGCGAGCUCAUGGCCGACGUGCACUUCAUCGUGGGGCCCCUGGGGGCGGCCCGGAGGGUGCCGGCCCACAAGUACGUCCUGGCCGUGGGCAGCUCCGUCUUCUACGCCAUGUUCUACGGGGAUCUUGCAGAAGUCAGGUCGGAGAUUCACAUACCUGACGUGGAGCCGGCAGCUUUCCUCAUCUUGUUAAAGUACAUGUACAGUGACGAGAUCGACGUGGAGGCCGACACAGUGCUGGCCACCCUGUAUGCUGCCAAGAAGUACAUCGUCCCCGCUCUGGCCAAAGCCUGCGUCAACUUCCUGGAGACAAGUCUGGAGGCUAAAAACGCCUGCGUGCUGCUCUCCCAGAGCCGGCUGUUUGAGGAGCCCGAGCUGACGCAGCGCUGCUGGGAGGUCAUUGACGCCCAGGCCGAGAUGGCGCUGCGCUCCGAAGGCUUCUGCGAGAUCGACCGGCAGACGCUGGAGAUCAUCGUGACGCGAGAGGCCCUCAACGCCAAGGAGGCGGUGGUUUUUGAAGCUGUCCUGAACUGGGCCGAGGCGGAGUGCAAGAGGCAAGGGCUGCCGGUCACCCCGCGGAACAAGAGGCACGUUUUGGGGCGAGCCCUGUACCUGGUGCGCGUCCCCACCAUGACCCUGGAAGAGUUUGCCAAUGGCGCAGCCCAGUCGGACAUCCUGACCCUGGAGGAGACCCACAACAUCUUCCUCUGGUACACGGCGGCCAAGAAGCCCUCCUUGGAGUUCCCCCUGACCAAGCGGAAGGGCCUUGUGCCACAGAGGUGCCACCGUUUCCAGUCCUCGGCCUACCGCAGCAACCAGUGGCGGUACCGGGGACGUUGUGACAGCAUCCAGUUUGCAGUAGAUAGAAGGGUGUUUAUCGCGGGGUUAGGGCUCUACGGCUCGAGCUCCGGGAAAGCGGAGUACAGCGUGAGAAUUGAACUGAAGCGCCUGGGGGUUGUGCUGGCCCAGAACUUGACCAAGUUCGUCUCUGAUGGCUCCAGCAACACCUUCCCUGUGUGGUUUGAGCACCCGGUGCAAGUGGAACAGGACACCUUCUACACAGUGAGCGCGGUCUUGGAUGGCAGUGAGCUCAGCUACUUCGGGCAGGAGGGGAUGACAGAGGUGCAGUGUGGGAAGGUGACCUUCCAGUUCCAGUGCUCCUCGGACAGCACCAAUGGCACCGGCGUCCAGGGCGGCCAGAUCCCGGAGCUCAUCUUCUACGCCUGAGGGGCCAGAGCUGCCGCCGAGCGUG